AUGGCCAGAUUUCGGAGCCUGGGUGCAUGCUGGGUGUUGCUCGUGACUGCCGCGUUUUGGCUGCAUUCGGCCGACGGAGAGUUGAAAGUGGCGCCACAUCAUUUGAUCGAUAAGCGUGCUGAUCCAGUGCCGCCACCGGUAACGGCAGAACAUACCGGCGGAUUGCUGCCGGUAGUCGGUAACAACGGUAGUGGCUUGAAUUAUGGUGAAAAUGACGACAUCGAUCCGCGCUGCACGAACGUCGACAUUCGGAACAGGUUGGAUCGGUUGAGGCAGAUCGAAAACUGCACCGUGAUAAGUGGCUUCUUUCAGAUGGUUUUGAUCGAACACGUUCCCAGCUCCGAGUUCGCGAAGUACAAGUUCAAAAACCUAAGAGAGGUGACCGGUUAUAUGCUCUUUUUUCGCGUGAUACAUCUCGUCUCACUGCGCGAUCUUUUCCCCAAUCUAAUGGUCAUCCGGGGCCAGCAGCUGAUCGGAAACUAUGCGUUGGUAUUUUACUACAUGAGCAACAUGAUCGAGGUUGGAUUGAAGAAUCUGGUGGCGAUUCAGCGUGGUUUCGUCUAUUCGCUGCACUGUCCACUGCUGUGCCAUCUCGAUACGAUCGAUUGGGCCACGAUCAGCGGGCUCGGGAAUGGGACGAAAAAUCUGAACUCCUUCGAACCACCGAAGACGGUCUGCAACAAGUCGGAGGUGUGCCGUGGCUGUGUGCCGAAGUACUGCUGGGGAAGCCAGAGUUGCCAAAAGUUUUACAAAGGCACCAACUUUAAUGGGAAGAUAAAAUGCCAUACCCAAUGCAUCGGUGGAUGCACCGGAACAAAGGCUAGCGAUUGUCUCGUUUGCCGUGGCUGGAAGGAAGGCAAACUGUGUGUGGAAGAAUGUACCGUUGAUAAGCUGCUAUUUCGCCACACGAAACGCUGCAUCACGAAGGACGAAUGUCUCAGGCGCAACGGAUUGUUGUACAUGAACGAGUGCGUGCUGGAAUGCCCACCAGGCUUCAGUAGCACGAAUGUUGAUCUGCAGCUGGCCGAUUUUAGCUCGCCUCAGUGCUACCCGUGCCACAACCGCUGUCCGAAGGUGUGCGACGGUACGGAGAUCAUGUAUCUAUCGGAUGCGGAUCGCAUCCGUGGCUGCACCAUCAUCAACGGCACGUUGCACAUCCGCCUGAAGGAAGAUCACCCGAACCUGCUCGAAGAGCUGCGAAACGGGCUGGGCGACAUCGAGGAGAUCAUGGGUGUGCUGAAGGUGUUCCGAUCGAACUACAUCUCGUCGCUCGAGUUCCUCGCCAGCCUGGAGAUCAUCCACGGGCUGUACACGGCCGACGACGCCAACUUCUCGCUGAUGGUGUACGAAAACAGCAACCUGCAGCGGUUGUGGAACUUUGAGCACAAGACCUCGCUGCGGUUGCUGUCACGCGGGAUGUACUUCCGCAACAACGAGCUGCUGUGCAACUCGCACAUCAAGCUGCUGCGGCGAAUUGCGGAGUAUGACAACACCAGUGAUACGAUCGAUUGGGGCUCGAACGGGUACAUGCAGGCGUGCCACGUGCAGCAUUUUCCCGCCCGGGUCGAGGUGUUGUCGAGCCACAAUGCGACGGUUUACUGGACAAAGCACAAGGUCAGCACGCAGCAUCGGUUGCAGGGAUACCAGAUCUACUUCAUACGCACGACGGUGGACAAAUCGCCGUACGAGGAUCGCGACACGUGCUCCAAGUUCGGCUGGAAGUCACGCUUCGUGUCACUGGAGAACAUCGUCACGCAGGGCAGCUGGUACGCGUACAAUUUGACCCGCUUGAAGCCGUUCACCCGGUACGGGUGCUACGUGAAGGCGUACUACAACGAAACCUUCAACCACGCCAGCGACAUAGUGGGACUGUCGGAGAUGUACUACUUUAAAACGGCCAUGGACCGACCGACGCCUCCGCUGCGUGUGCGAACGGCACGGAAGAACGACACCGCGAUCACGAUGGCGUGGCAGAUACUGGCCUCCGAGCAGGAGAUGGUCACACAGUACCACGUGGACGUGUUCAUACAACCGGACGAUCCAGCCGAGCUGGACCGCCGGAACUAUUGCGUUCAUCCGCACGAAACACCGCAGGCGCAUUCGAGCGAUGCUUCGGACGAGUUCGAUGGCACCUGCACGAGGGAGUCCUGCUGCGAGCUGGAAAUGCUCGAGGAGGAAGAAGAAAUGGACGAAGACGAUGGGCAAAACGAGGAGGUGACCGCGCCGGAUGAGUUUUUGAACGAGUACACCACGAUGGAGGACGGUGGUCGUAUCGGUGGACGGAAGAAACGGUUGGUGUCGGAACGAUUGACCACACCACCGUCUUCGGGUGAGUUCGAGAGGACGAUGCUUCAGCUGCUGAAAUCGUUCGAUGAAGGUGCCGGUUCGGGACCUGCGAACCGCUUCCGUCGGUACACCGCGGAGGAUGACGAGGAAGAAGUGGAGUUUGUCAACCGUAUCUUCUACAGUGGGUUUAAGACGGACAACUUUGAGUACACGGUGACCGGGUUGAAGCCCUACACGCGGUACAUCUUUCAGCUGUUCGCUUGCGGCGUGAGUGAUGUCCUUUAUUGCAGCUCGUACAGUUUGUACACGGAUCGCACAGAUCCCUCAACGUUCGGCGAUCGAUUGAACGUGACCACCAUCGACGGCAAUGACACCACCGACGAGGCGGCAAACGUUGUCGAAGCAACGGCCGUUGAUCGGAUCAUGCUGCAGUUCCCCGAACCGAUCGAGGUGAACGCUCUCACGGUCGCUUAUCGUGUCGAGAUCGAAUCCCUGAAUGGAACCAGCGCCAAAUGGUACCGUGAGUGUUUCACGCGGCUCGAGCACGAACGCCGGAACUUCCGGUACACGGUUCAUCGCCUCGGUCCGGGUGAUUACAUGGUGCGCGCGAAAGCCAUUUCCUUGGCUGGGCCGGGCCCGUUUACCGAGUGGAUGUUAUUGCGUGUUCUCGAACCACUUCCGGUGGUGCAACCGGAUGCAGGCAGAGUGGCUCUGCGCAAUGGGUUGAUCGCGUUCGGUGUGAUCUUGCUCUUAGCGGGUGUCGCAGGGGGCGCAGCAUAUGCAGUGUACCGUCGCCGACAACGCCAAUCGAAGCCAGACGAUAGGGUUCCGCUUGCCGUCAACGACGGCAAUCAGGUUAACCUGGACGACGGGUUUGUCACCUGUCCGUUGAAGUGA